AUGCGCCUUCCCUACGCCCCCAAUACCCCACCAAGCGAUGCCCCGGCUGAUACAGCCGACAUUUACGCCCGCAUCGCCGAACGUCGCAAUCCCCGCCCUCUUAUCCCGUUGGAUCUAUCCUUGCUCCAUAGCCCACCCGUGGCGGAUGGCUGGAAUAGCUUCAUUGGCGCCAUCCGUACCCGUACCAUCGUCGACCCGGGAACCCUCGAAUUGGCUGUGUGCCGAGUCGCUGUGUUGACCGACGCCAUAUACGAAUGGAACGCCCAUGCGCCACUUGCACUCAAGGGUGGUAUUAAACCCGAGGAGCUUCAUGCUUGCCGCACGCUCCCAUCGACCGUGGAUGGCGAUCUCGUUCAAUUCGAGAGCAGCCCCCUCACCCCACAACAGAGAGCCGUUUUACGUUAUACCGACCAGAUGACUUUAACAGUCAAGGUUCAGGAUGAAGUUUUCGCACAGCUCCAGACUGUGGGGUAUAAUGAUCGGGAGAUUGUGGAGCUGACCACCGGGAUUGCUGGAUAUAACUGUGUGAGUCGGGUUUUGGUGGCCCUCGACGUGGGGGAAAACAAUGAUCGCGAGAUGAAGAGCGUUGAUCAAUUAGUUGCCGAGCUGAAGUGA